GUGGGACAUUCGAUGGGCGGCCAUCUGGUAACCUACUUUAUGAAGUGGGUGGAGAGUGAUCUCGGCGGCAAAGGGGGUAAGGGCUGGGUAGCCAAACACCUGCACGCAUUCGUGGGCUUGGCGUCUAGUGCGUUGGGUAUGCCCAAGUCAGUGGGUGCACUUCUCAGUGGCGAGUUUAAGGACACCAGCGCCUUGGGUGGCUUGAACCAUCUCAUCGAUAGUAACACGCUUCUGGGCCGUGCGGCUCGUGCGAAACUACUGCAGACAUGGCGGUCUAUGUAUCAAAUGAUGCCUAAAGGUGGCGACGCACUCUGGGGCAACGGCAUUGAUUCGGUUGAUGAUUUCGGCGAGAAUGGGACAUGCCACUACAUGCUCACGGUUUUCCCCAACGACGCGCAGAACCAAAAGUGUCGUGACGGGUGUUCUACCCCAGUACCGAACUUCCUGACCGAUGGCUACUCAGAGAUGUGUGAACGCGACGAGAUGAUGCCAAACGUAACCAUGUCCACUUUUUUGGACCACUUUCUGACCUCCCAAUUUGCCAACACGGCCCCGAUUCUGAAGCAGUUCUCGUACGGGUAUAGUGAUACACCCGAAGACAAUGACGACGAUCCGCUUAAAUGGUACAACGCACUCGAGUUCCAACUGCCCAACGCGCCCGAUAUGACGAUAUAUUCCAUAUAUGGUAUCGGCAAGAACACCGAGAGGGGAUAUGCUUAUCAGGUGCUUGGGCGUGCAGAAUUUUAG